AUGUGGACCUGCGGCGACUGGAAGUGGGACCGCUUCCGCCAGCACUGCAACCGCGAGUACCGCACCGGAGAGACCUGCGGCAUGAAGCUUGUCUAUGCAGUAGCCAGAAGCAACGACAAGUGCAAGAUCUGCCAGAAGAUCGACACCAAGCUCCGCCGUCGUGCUGCAGAAAUUGCAAAGAUCCAGCGAUGGCAAUCCGAGGGCAGUAAGCUGAAGGCGUCCAUCGAAAGAUCCUACGAGAUCAUCAAAGACCUCGACCAGGAGAUUUACCAGUUGCAGAUUGAGAAACAGCGAAAGACUCAGGCCAUUGGAAAAGCGCGCUGA